AUGUCUGAUUAUCCUUUGCACCAAGCGUGCAUGGAAAACGAAUUUUCCAAAGUGCAAGAGCUGCUUCACUCUAAACCUUCCUUGUUGCUACAAAUGGACCAGGAUGGCAGAAUCCCCCUACAUUGGUCAGUUUCCUUUCAAGCGCACGAAAUUACCAGCUUUCUACUUUCUAAAAUGGAGCACGUUAAUCUAGAUGAUUAUCCAGACCACUCUGGAUGGACACCUUUCCAUAUUGCAUGUUCAGUGGGAGAUUUAGGUGUGGUGAAGUCUCUUUAUGACAGACCCGUUAAACCGGAUUUAAAUAAGGUCACUAAUCAAGGAAUUACAUGCUUACACCUUACAGUUGGUAAAAAGUGGUUUGAAGUGUCACAAUUUUUGAUUAAUAAUGGUGCGUCCGUAAGAAUAAAAGAUAAAUUCAACCAAAUCCCAUUACACAGAGCUGCAUCCGUGGGCUCGUUAAAAUUAAUUGCGUUGCUAUGUGGUGCAGGUAAAAGCCCUGUGAACUGGCAGGAUAAGCAAGGCUGGACUCCAUUAUUUCACGCUUUGGCUGAAGGGCACGGUGAUGCCGCUGUACUUCUGGUAGAAAAAUAUCAUGCCGAAUACGAUCUCGUAGAUUCCAAAGGAGCUAAGGCGGAAGACGUUGCUCUAAAUGAACAAGUUAAAAAUUUUUUUCUAAAUAACGUAUAA